AUGGGCCUGUUAAAUUCUCAUGAUAAAGAGAAGAUUAAAAGAGCUCUUCCAAAAAGCUCGAAUAAGAUAGUGGAUGUGACGGUGGCCAGACUGUACAUCGCUUAUCCAAACCCUCAAGAAUGGCAGUAUACUGGUCUUUCCGGAGCCGUUGCUCUGGUCGACGACAUUGUUGGCCAUACGUUCUUUCUGAAGCUGGUAGAUAUCCAGGGCCAUAGGGGUGUGGUAUGGGACCAAGAGCUGUAUGUAGGCUUCGAUUACCACCAGGACCGUACCUUUUUCCAUACAUUCGAGCUUGAAGAAUGCACGGCGGGCCUGCUAUUCGAGGACCUCGACGAGGCCGCUCAUCUUCUCAAAAGAGUGCAGAAGCGCGAAAAAUACGCUUCUAAAAAGACAUUGGCCAAUAAGAAUGCCAUAGCCUUGGCCAAGAAACUACACACGGAACAAGAGGCACAAAUUGUACAGGGUCCUCGAGGGGAGUCGCUAAUCAACGAUCAGAGACAACGUUAUAGAAUACAAGACACUUCUUCGGAUGUCCCUGCGACCAAAAAAAAGGCUCCUCCUCCUCCUCCGCCUGCAGCGGCAGCGUCAUUUUCAUCUCCACCUCCACUUGCUCAGGGAUCGGUAUCGGAACUGGCACGGGCACCAGAACGAGCCUACGAGAGUCCAUCGCCAGCACCAUUCAGUGCAAAUAUAACUCAGGAUCCUUCUUCGGAGUCGGAGCCUUCAUCUGCGAGUGCAUCUCUACCUUCCACUCCAGCUCCGCCCGCAAAGCAACUGGUGCAUAGGGUACCCCCUCUACCAGCAACCAACACCUCGUUUCCUAAUGGGGCUCCUCCUGCGCCUCCUUCUGCAUCGCCGAUACCUCCACCUGUAUCAUACCCAGCACCGCCAGUAUCGGCUCAUCCUCAGCGGUCUAGCAACAAUCCUUUCCCUCUUCCGGUGCCGCAAAGCUCCAACCCACAUCCCGUGGCUCCACCGCUUCCCCAGGCCAAUGCCCCAAUGCAAGUGGCGCCUCCACUUCCGCAAUCUGGUCGACCACUUCCUGGAGUACCUCCUCGUGGAAAUGGUCCUCCAGCACCUCCUCCCAGGCGGAAUCCUGGCCCUCCUCCCCCGCCUCGUAGAGUCACUUCUAAUCCUACUGGAAACAGCAUAUACCCAGCUUCUCCUGUUGCUCAAGCUGCACCCGCUGUUCCUUCGCGAGCUCUGCCGGGCGCAAAACGUCCAGGACCUCCCCCACCACCAAGACGUAGUGCAGGACCUGCUCCUCCACCAAGAGCUUCCAGGGCCACAUCAGCUCCACCUCCACCUCAACGUACUCUUCCUGUGUCAUCUUCUCCACCGCUGCAUACUUUCCCGCAGCCAAGCACUCCUCUCACAACCACUGCCGCACUGGUACCACCUGCACCACCCAUUCCCCAGGUAAGCGGCCAGCAACACAUGCCACCGCCCCCACCGCUUCCUCAAACAAAUGGGCAAUCAGGUGGGCAACAAUUCGCAGCGCCUCUACCACCACCUGCUCCGCCAAUGCAAUCUGCUCCGUUAAGUGCCGUACCCCCACCACCACCGCCACCACCUCCAGCGAUGACAUUCGAGCCUCCCCAGGCUGGCAAUGUGGGCGUUGCUCCUCCCCCACCUCCUGCUUUCCUCUCCCAGUCUCAACAGCCUUCCUCCGGCAGUAAUGAGGCUACAGGGGAUGCAGGUCGCGAUGCGCUCCUUGCGUCCAUCAGAGGGGCUGGUGGAGUGACAGCACUACGUAAGACGGAUAAAUCUCAACUGGAAAAACCUAGUGUUUUACUGCAAGAAAGUAAUGGAAACCGUGGCUCCCAACCCAAUGGCUCUACUGGUGCGGCUGGCUCUGCAGGAGGAGGGCCCCCUUCUAUGGCAGAUGCUUUGGCUGCAGCUUUAAAUCAACGCAAGAGUAAGGUAGCACAAGAUGACGGAGACUACGAUAAUGGGGAUGACUGGUAA